AUGGGGGAUAUCCAUCAAUUAAUAGAAAUAAAAAAAUGGAUCGAGGAACACCGUGGAAUCUGCGAACUUGGUUUCGCAUGUGUUAAAGGAGUUAAACCAUCAGGUCCUAGCCUUGGUAUGGUACGGGCUGUAGAGGGGUUUCUCCUCUACCAUGCGGCGCCUGGGCAACGGCUGCUGCAAGAUCAUUUUAAUUUCACUGCCUGCACUGAGAAUUUUAUUAUUGUAAGUCAAGAGCACAAGGAGUUGGAGGUGUGGCAUUCUGUAGUUGAAAUGUUCAGUAGACCAGGCGAUUGGAUUCUUGACGUGAAUACGCCACAAGUUGCUGGAGCUGCUGCAGCCAUGAAGGAAGGCAGGAAUGUUUUAUGCUUAACACCAAAUGAAGAAGAAGCAAGAAACGUAUUGCGCAAAAUUUUGUGAUUUGAAAAACUAAU